CGUCUCAGUCCUUCACUUGCACGUCUUCUCGACUCUUCUUCCACCGCCUCUUCCAGUACACUGCCUGACGAAGAGGGAGCCCGAACCGAGCCAAACGGCCGGGCUUCGAAUACGACAGCAACAACGCCGGCCGCUGCUGCCGCGGUUGCUGCCGUUGUUACAGCGACCGGCGGUUUUACUCAACCCGAUGUGCCGAACAUGGUGGAGGGAGUGUAUGAGCAGGCGAUUAAACUAAAAGCCAGCCUGCACACAACCCAUGUCGCCGGAAGGACGGAUGCCUUUGUGGAAGAAGUGCUUCAAUUGGCUCGCUCAAGCUCCACUCGUAAUUCUCUUGUGCGUCGACUUGCUACUUGCAACUCCAGUAGCAACGGUGGUCUAUCCAUUCACAUUUCUUCCAGUUCGUCCGGAGCUAUAGCCACUCAGUUUGGCAGAGGCGGAGCAGCUUCAACCAUCGCAGGCAGUGGUACCGGUGGUGGGAAGGGCGGAAAACGUCACCAUGGCAGCCAUAGUCCUGGUAUGUUGGGAAAAGCGAAUGCUCGCACUGCUUCACACCUCGCACCUCCUGCGCCCGCCCCUGACCUUUCCGGAUUCCUGCAGACAGCCACAGAACUGCUGGGCAGUCAGCAACAUGCUGGGGAUGGGGCGCCGAUGACAGUAGCACCGACAGCUCUCGAUCUUUCCUUCAUAAACGCAGUUUCAGGCGGAGUCCCGCCCACUCAGCUGGCGCCACAUGCUUCAGAGAUGACCGAGUGUGCCUUCUUCAAUCUGGCCUCAUCUAACACAGCCGCUUCCUCCUCAUCCUCUUCCUCCUCCUCCUCUUGCUCGUCUUCGUCAAGCUCUUCCUCUUCCUCCUCCUCCUCUUCGUCCUCCUGCUCCUCGUCGACCUCUUCUCUGGCUUCCGCCAACUCCUUGGCUUCCGCAAAUGCGGCUUUCUUUAAUGAACCUGGCAUGGUAGGCGCCGGGGCCAAUUCUCUGGACAUCGUCUCAGGAUUCCAGGCACCAUAUCUGGGACAUCAUCAGACCCUUGGACAUCAGCAGGCAUAUCUUCAACCCGCUUCAGGGUUUGUGGAGUCACCAACCGGCUUCUUCUGUAUGCCGGGGUCAGUCGGGGGUGAGCAGCUCGGCUCUGGCGAGUCAGGCUCGAGCCUGAUGACGCAGCGAAGAGAUCCAAGCAUGUUCAGCUCGACAUGCUUCACUCUGCCCACGCAACAGCUUUCUACCUCGGGUAGGCCAAACGUCAAAACUAAACCGGAGCCUCAUGCACGGGUUGCAUUUGAAAUAGUUCUUCUUCCAUUCCCUGAACAUUUCUCUUUCGCCUAA